UCAGCUGGGAGUAGGCGCGGAAUAGGCAGGGAUGUUUUCUUCCGCACAACUAAGACCCGGAAAAACUGCCUAAGUAUAAUAUAACGAUUUUCUCAAUGUUCCAUAGUAACAUGGCGGAUGAACAAAGAGUUACUUUGGAUCUCCUGCACCAGGAGGACACUGAGAGUACUGACCUUACCACCAAUGGAAAUUUUGAAGCCGUUGAUGGGAAGACUGAGCCAACCUUCCCUGGAAAAAAAGUACAAAAUGAAGAUUCCAUUGAUGCGAAUCAGACCAGCGAAGAAACUCGACAAGGAGAUGAGGAGUCUUCAGCAUGUUUGGAGGAAGAGACAAAAACAGAGAGUCAGGAGCCAGUCAUGGUGCAGUCUGAAGGGGAAAUUAGAGCAGAGGAUGAGCAAGUAGUCGAGCCUGUGCUCAAAUCUAAUGAGGAAGCAUCCGGUGUGCAUAAUGUGGAAGAGAAACACAUUUCAAUCCUGAAGACUCUGGAGGACCUUGAAGAAUUAGCAGACCUCCAUGGAACUGGAAAGAAGCCCUGUCCACUCUGCCCAGAAGAAAAAUUUAAACCAUGCUACAGUCACAAGCUUCGUCGUCAUAUUCAGAAUCUGCAUUGGAAAGUCUCUGUAGAAUUUGAAGACUGCAGAAUGUGUAUUUGCCACCUAACAUGCAGAGUUGUAAAGCCUAAUCAGGAUGGAGAGCAGUCCUUGGUGAGGCUUGGUGCUCAUUACCACUGCAUUGUAUGCUCAGCAACGAUUGCACGAAGAACGGAUAUGGUUAGUCAUAUCAAGCGGCACAUGAAUAAAGGUGGAGCCAAAGAAAAAAGCUGUCCUGAAAUAAUGAAGGAGGGAGGCACUAAUAUCCAGCUUCUACCCAAUUAUUCCACCCCUCAGAAAACGGAGACAUUUUUCAAUCCAAAAAUGAAAAUGAACAGGCAGUUGAUAUUCUGUACGUUGGCAGCUGUGGCAAGAAUACGAAAACCAGUGGAGUGUUUAGAUGCCUUUGGAUCCACAGGUAUCAUGGGACUGCAGUGGGCAAAACACCUUGGGAAGGCAGUGAAAGUUGCUAUUAAUGACAUUAAUGAAAAAUCCAUAAAGAUGAUUCUGGAGAACUGCCAUAUCAACAAGAUUAAAGUGAUGUUCAAUGGCAAAACAGAUGAUGGAGAUGAUUUUGAUGAUGAGGAAGGAAAUUACUGUGGCCCAGUUGAAGUGACGAAUAUGGAUGCCAAUGUUAUAAUGCAUUUGAGAGCCUUUGAUUUUAUACAUCUGGAUCCUUUUGGAACAGCAGUUAACUUCCUAGAUGCUGCCUUCAGAAAUGUGAGACAUCUAGGUAUAGUGUCUGUAACAUCAACUGACAUUGGUACUCUCUACAGCAAAUCAUUGAAUGUAGCUAUACGACACUAUGGCUGCAAUAUCGUUAGGACAGAGUACUAUAAGGAACUUGGUGCUCGAAUGGUUAUAGCUGCCAUAGCAAGGGCAGCAGCUCGAUGCAAUAAAGGGAUAGAAGUCCUACUCACUGUAGCAGUGGAACACUUUUUGCUGAUUGUAGUCCGUGUUUUGAGAGGCCCAACUCAAGCCGAUGAGACUGUGAAGAAAAUUCGCCACCUGCUUCACUGUCAGUGGUGUGAAGAGAGAGUCUUCCAGAAAGAAGGAACCAUGUUGGAAGAAAAACCUUAUCAUCAGCUUCCAUGUGAUUGCCAGAAUAGCAUGCCUGGAAAGACCGCAGUACAGCUGGGACCAUUGUGGUCUGGCAGUCUAUUUAGCACAGGAUUUUUGCGGAACAUGUAUUUUGAGACAAUGCUACAUGGGUUAGAAGAACUUCAGCCAUUGCUAAAGACAUUGAUCUGUGAGGCAGAAUGCACAAUAAUGAAGCAGUUUGAUUUCCCAAUACCGAAAAAACAGAGCAACCAAGUUAACUGGAGAAAAGAACCUGAUACAGAAGUGACCGUUGUUCCUCUUCCUGCUCUUGCUGCACAGACGUCAGUAGAUUGCACUCCACAAGUUCAGGAUGAUACAGAUGAAAAAAGAGAGGAUGAGAAAUCCCCAGUCUUGCACACAACAGAAGAUUUUGCUGCUGGAAAACGGAAGCGGAAGAACAGAGACGAUCAACCAGGUAGAAAGAAACAGAAGCAACAUGCCCAUACAGAGCACCCUCCCUUUUACUACAGUAUCCACAGGCACAGUUUCAAAGGCAUGAAUAUUCCAAAGUUGAAUAAAUUCCUGCAGUACUUGGUAGAUGCUGGAUUCCGAGGGAGUCGCACACAUUUUGACCCAACUGGAGUUCGCACAGAUGCCAGCCUGCAGCAAUUUAAAGCAACAUUAAUGGCACACAGCACUGCUACCCACACUGGAAUGCAGAAAGGGGAGUCAUAGUGUUGUUGGUAAAGAAAUAAAGACUGGAUCAUUUUCCCUCGCUUGCCACAUUUUAACCCCCAGAAAGUGAGGUGAAACUUCACUGCCAUUCUUAUAACUGGGGGCCAGGUUUCUAUAUGCUGAUCUUCUACAAAAACAGUGCUUUGAAAGUCUGAUUUGCACAGUGCCUGCUGGCCUAAAGGUUGGACACUUGACAACUAAUGUAUUCAGCGUCUGCGGCCCGGCUGAGCUGUGGUGGUGGUCGUUCAUAUUCAGCUUCUUCCUUUAAGCGGGAGAGAGGGACAUUUUUUUAAAAUAAAUAUGCAAUUGUUUUAUGCAAAUUGUUUUGUUUAUCUUCUAGUCGGCACUUUACUUCUGACUGCAAGCUGUAUCCUAAAGGCACAUGAAGCAUCUGUUUUGCUUUUCCAACAACAAUUUCACCUUACUUUUGCUAAAAUGAAGACUGAAUGCACCCCCUACAUUUUUAAAUUGGCUUUUUUGGUUGCUUUGAGGCAGCUGCAACAUGCAGCAAGUCUCGGGGUCUCAUGAUAUCCUUGCAAGUGUUUUGCAGAAGCAUGGUGUUUACUUUUAAAAUGGUCUGUAUUAUAUUGUAAUAUGUUUUCAUUUUAUUUUCUACAAAAAGCGUGAAAAGAUUUUCUUUUAAUUGAAUGGCCUGUUUAUUUUUUGGAGAAAGAUGUUGAAUGGAUUUCCUAAUUCAGCAAGUCUUUCACUUACACAUGCAGCUUACAAGCAGGCUUUGCAACUGCACUGUGUUUUGCAGUAUAUGAUGGCUGUUGUGGUAUAUCUGCCAUUUUUACCUAUUGGACUACCCUUUUUUUAAAAUGUCUUUAUUAAAUCACAAUUGAAACAGUAAUAGAAGUGUACAUACAGUAAUAGAAAAGGGAAGAAACUUAGUUCCUUUUCUUAUUUUUCUUGCAAAUAUGUUUUCUUUAAGAAUUCUGAUUCACUCCCAGCAGUAAGCAAAUUACUGAGUUCCUAACUUCACUUAAAUUUCACUCCUCCUGCUGAACAUUUCUCUGCAUUUUAUUUAUUUUUAUGUAUCCUUUUGACUGGGUUAGUCGUACUAUUCAUGGGAGACCUGAGAUGGUAUUUAUACUAGGGAAUCUGAUGUUGUUAAUCUUCAUUCAUUCCUUACUGAUGGGUAUCGGUUCUGUCCUCUAAACCAAGUCAGCCAUUAUAAUAAGCUUGCGACAGCCAAAAAACUCUUGAGCUAAGCUUAUCCAUAGUGCCCCUCUCUGUAUUACCUCAGAUCUCGUUUGCAACAUAUACUACAAGACGUAUCAGGCCAGCUCUCAAGCUAACUCAUUUAAAAAUGUAAUACUUAUAAAGUUUUUCUCUUGGUUGCGUGUAAAAUUUAUUUUUCUCUGUUGGUUAGAGUUUGCUUACCCUUUGAAGUAUUUUCUUCUUUUGUUUACCAAGUUUGUGGUAUUCUUCAUACAAUUGCUGGUACAGGCCUUCCUUUACCUCUGAGGUAAUUCCCAAUACCAUUGCUGGUAUCUCUCCUCUCUUCUCUCUCUCCUCUUUCUUCCUUUUUGUACCGGUUAGGUAUUUCUUGUCUUACCAUGGUUGGGUAAACAAAAAAUAAACCAAAAAAAUAAAACACUCCUUUCUUUCUUCAUAGCG